AAAAGUGACGAAAUAGUGCAAAAAAAAAAAUGGUCCUUUGGCAGAGGGCAGGAAAAAAAAAAUUGGAUCUUGCGUGUAGAAGCUGAAGCACCCGAGAAGUCCCCAUGGCGGCUAGAUGACGAAUGGUCCGUUUUUCAGAUUCGACGGAGUCUUCACGCAAAACCCAGUUUCGAUGUUUGAGUUAUCCCUGCAGGGAAUUCUGAGUAUUGCCUAGGGUUCUUGGCUGGUGGGGAAUUCUGCUUGAUGGAUGUGUAGAGAUGGGUUGAAGCUUCGUCGUCGUCGUCAACUUGCUGAUGGGGAGCUUAAGCGAGGAAGAAGAUCAAUUCUUCGAUACCCGAGAGGAUAUCACCUCAGUCUCGGAUUCCGGAUCGGAGGAUUUGGAUCUGGAAAACGAGAUUAGGGAUUCAUUCUCAAGUGUUCUUGGCUUUGAUAUAUGGAUCAGGAACCCGCUUAGCAUCCAUGAACGCCGAAACAAGUUUCUGAACUCAAUGGGUUUAAGCCUGGAUGGCAGAGAAGAGGAGGAUCAUGGUGACAAUCCCAGUUACGACAGAAUGACGGAUCGUAGUGGAACUUUAUUAGCAUCGUCCUGUUUCAGCGAGAGGUUGUCGACGAGUCAGUCUUCCCUGACAUCAGACUCUAGGGAGUCGAUGGAUAGAGCUAUGGAGGAUAAUCUCGUUUUAAGGAUCAAGAACUUGGAUGAUGGAACAGAGUUCAUUGUCGAUGGAAUCUGUCAAGAUGGUAGUUUUCGUAAACUGCAUGAGUUAAGUUCCAAUCGACUGUUCACAAUCGAGGAGUUUGAGAGAAAUCUCGGUAUCUCUCGUCCGGCCCAUCGAGUAAUGCCAAUUCGAAGAGAUUUCCAGAAAGUGAUUCGAAGCUCGGAAGCAGGUAGGAAGAGAAAAGGGUGGUUAAAGAGAUUAGGUGUCACGGCCUGCGUUUACCCGAUGGUAGGAACAAGCGUUAGUGAGUGUUGUCAAACUGCUAGACAUAAGGAACAUCCGGUUAAAGUCCAUGUUCAUCGUAAGCAAGUAAAGGAGUUCUCUGCUCUUUAUGCUGAACAGGACUUGAAGGGUCAUGACGGCCCAAUAUCGGCCAUGAAGUUCAGUCCUAACGGGUGCUAUCUCGCUACAGCUGGUGAGGACGGGAUUGUUCGCGUUUGGCAGAUCCUAGAGUGCGAUAGAUCCCGGGAUUUUGAAACUAACGAUUCAGAUCCUUCGUAUAUGUACUUUACUGCUAAUGAUAGUCUUUCGGAAAUAGCUCAAGUUCGAUCUUGUAAAGAUAAAAAGGUAAAGCUGAAGAGCUCUGGGAAAAUGCCGGAUUAUAAAUUUGUCAUCUUUCCUGAGAAUAUUUUUAGAAUCAGGGAAAACCCGAUUCACGAGUUCAGAGGUCACUGUGGUGAAGUGUUGGCCAUCUCUUGGUCUAAGAACAUGCAUAUCCUCUCAUCAUCUGUCGAUAAAACCGUCUGUUUGUGGCAAGUCGGGUAUGACCAAUGUCUAAAGACCUUUCCUCACAACGACUAUGUCACCUGUGUGGAAUUCAACCCCACGGAUGAUAAUUACUUCAUCAGUGGUUCCAUAGAUGGUAAAAUACGUGUAUGGGAUGUCGCCCGUCGUCAAGUCGUGGAUUGGACAGAUGUCCAUGAAAUUGUUACUGCCGUUUCUUAUAAACCCGAUGGAAAGGGUGGAGUCAUUGGAACUAUAAGCGGCAACUGUCAUUUCUACACUGCUGCAGAUAACCUUUUGUCACUUUAUACCCGAGUUUGCUUUCGACGCAAGAAGAAGUCAUUGCUCAACAGGAUCACGGGUUUUCAGUUCUCUCCCAUCGAUCAAUCGAUUGUAUUGGUCACUUCUGCUGAUUCACAAGUUCGAAUCAUACGUGGUGUUGAUGUGAUUCGCAAAUUCGGAGGUUCAUACAGUUCAGGAAUUCGGAUGUCCUCUGCAUCUUUUGCAUCUGAUGGGAAAAACAUUGUUCAUGUCGGUGAUGGCUCCAUUGUGCAUAUGUGGAACCACGAAAUCUCGGACUCUCCACUUCCCCGCAAGAGAAACGGUAAUCCUUUCGAGUGUUUCGUCUCUGAAAACGCGUCUGCAGCUCUUCUCUGGCCUAAUGUCGCCAACCACGGGAACUUCUCUUUCCCGAGUGUCUUUGCGUCCUUGAUCUCUCGGAAACUCUCUCAGACGGGCGUUUGCUCGAGAUCUCAGAGCAUGCCAUUGCCGGAAUCUUUUUCCAAAUGCUCCGCGACUUGGCCUGAGGAGAAUCUUCCAUCAGGGUCACCGGUGCCUAGAUCCGAACAUAAGGGUUCGAAGACAUCCUGCGAGGAAGUUCUUGGUUCUUGCCGUUCGUGGGGCACUGUCAUCGUGACGGCCGGAUCCGAUGGACGGAUAAGAUCGUACCAGAAUUUCGGCUUGCCUGUUCGAGUCUAGAUAUCGUGACAGGCAAGAAAGCUUGUUGUUUCCAGUUGUAGAUCGUGAGUUUUGUUUCAGUAAUUAAUUACAUGUAGAGAUUCGUUUGUUCAGUCAAAUGUAUACAGACAAAAUCGAAUUUGUCUAAUUGUAUUGUAAUGAUAUUUUUUUUUAUA